AAAUAUAUUCGAAAAAUCCAAAAAGACAUUAAAACCAAAAUACCCUGCCCUAGAAAUUUCGCUGAACUUUCCUGCUCGGUCGAUCACAUUCUCCACCAAUUCCAAGUCAAUUAAGUUUAGUUAUUUGCAUCAUCAAUCUCUCAGUCGCUGCAGCACCAAUAUCGAGGCACUUCAGUUUGCGAUUUUUUCGUUGUUCGUUACGCCUCGAUUCGGAGUAGAUAUUCAAUGCUCCGUGUUUCUACUUGAAGCAGCUUUCAAUACAAAUAAGAUUUUUUGCUUUGAUUGAAAGCCAGAGUUUGUUUCUAGACAGUGCAUUUGCAUAAUACAUACCAAUGAAUUACAAGAAGGAGAAGUUUGUACAAUUCCAGGAUUGGAAAUCAGACAGAAGUUCUGAAGGUCAAGAUUCCACAAAUAACGGAUUUUCCUUGGGGAAUUAUAAAUCAAAAAUUUCAAAUAAGUUCCAAAGAGGCUUUGAGCAAAGUUCUGAGGGGAUCAAAAACUUCCGAAGAUCAUUGCGAUCUCAUUCUUUUAGUAGCAUUCUAGCAAAAGGCUUGGGGUCGAGCAAGAAAAUUCUUGAUCCACAAGGAUCCUUCCUGCAGAAAUGGAAUAAGAUAUUUGUAUUGUCUUGCAUGGUUGCUGUCUCAUUGGAUCCUUUAUUCUUUUACAUUCCGGUGAUUGAUGAUGACAGGAAGUGUUUAGUGCUGGACAAGAAAUUGGAGAAAACUGCCAGUGUGUUGCGCUCGUUCACUGACAUAUUUUACAUAAUACAUAUUAUCUUCCAGUUUCGUACUGGUUUUAUUGCUCCUUAUUCUCGAGUAUUUGGAAGAGGUGUUUUGGUUGAAGAUGGUUGGGUAAUAGCCAAGCGAUAUUUGUCUUCGUAUUUCUUGAUUGAUAUACUUGCAGUGCUUCCUCUGCCACAGGUGGUAAUUUUGAUCAUAAUUCCUCAACUACGUGGCUCAAAAUCUCUUAAUACAAAGAACUUGUUAAAGUUUGUUGUUCUAUUCCAAUACAUACCAAGGUUUCUUCGAGUCUAUCCACUCUAUAAAGAGGUCACAAGAACUUCUGGCAUACUUACCCAAACUGCAUGGGCUGGAGCUGCAGUCAACCUCUUUCUUUACAUGCUUGCUAGUCAUGUCCUUGGAGCUUUUUGGUACUUGUUCUCGAUAGAACGUGAAACAACAUGUUGGCGGAAUGCUUGCAAUGACCAGUCUGACUGCAUUCACUCAACGUUUUAUUGUGACACUAGUGGGCGUUAUAGAAUAGAUUUGGAAGAAGCAUGUCCAAUCAAGUCACCAAAUACAACACGUUUUGAUUUCGGAAUAUUCCUUGAUGCUCUUGAUUCUGGUGUAGUGAAUUCAAUGGAUUUUCCCAAGAAAAUUUUCUAUUGUCUGUGGUGGGGUUUGCGGAACUUGAGUGCCCUGGGCCAAGACCUUGAAACAAGUACCUAUGUGUGGGAAAUUUGUUUCGCAGUUUCUGUUUCCAUCUCUGGGUUGGUUCUAUUUUCCUUUCUAAUCGGAAAUAUGCAGACUUACCUGCAAUCCACAACGGUAAGAUUGGAGGAGAUGAGAGUGAAAAGGCGAGAUGCAGAGCAGUGGAUGUCUCAUCGUUUGCUCCCUGAGACUCUGAGAGAGCGAAUUAGGCGGUAUGAGCAGUAUAAAUGGCAAGAAACUAGGGGGGUUGAUGAAGAGAAUUUGAUUCAUAAUCUUCCUAAGGACCUCAGAAGGGAUAUCAAACGUCAUCUAUGUUUGGCAUUGCUUACUAGGGUGCCAAUGUUUGAGAAAAUGGAUGAACAACUGUUGGAUGCUCUGUGUGACCGUCUCAAACCAGUGCUCUAUACAGAGGACAGCUAUAUUGUGCGAGAAGGCGAUCCAGUUGACGAAAUGUUGUUUGUAAUGCGAGGGAAACUAUUGACUGUGACCACAAAUGGAGGUCGCACAGGCUUUUUUAACUCGGAUUAUUUAAAAGCUGGAGACUUCUGUGGAGAGGAGCUACUUACAUGGGCUCUGGAUCCCCAUUCCUCGUCUAACCUCCCAAUCUCUACUAGAACUGUUCAAGCUCUAUCAGAAGUUGAAGCAUUUGCUCUUAUGGCUGAUGAUUUGAAGUUUGUUGCAUCCCAAUUUCGGCGGCUCCAUAGCAAGCAGCUCCGUCAUACAUUUAGGUUCUACUCACAGCAGUGGAGGACUUGGGCUGCUUGCUUUAUACAGGCUGCCUGGCGUCGGUACCGUAGGAAGAAGCUGGAAGAAUCACUACGUGAGGAGGAAGAUCGGUUACAAAAUGCAUUGGCCCAAGGUGAUGGAAGCUCACCAAGUUUAGGUGCCACCAUCUAUGCAUCACGAUUUGCUGCUAAUGCACUUCGUGCUUUACGGCGCAAUAGCACGAAAAAAGCAAGGAUCCCAGAUAGAGUGCCUGCAAUAAUGCUGCAGAAGCCAUCAGAACCUGAUUUUACUGCUGAAGAUAAAUAGAUAACGUGUAAUUUAUUUUCUUGUAGUGUUAAAACAUGAAAACGUAAUUAUAUAGUUCUUUUUUUGUUCA